CGUAGUUACGUAUCGUAGCCCUCUUUGUGCCUUUUUUAACCCCCCUACCUCAGGUGCUGGUGCCACGUGCAAUAAAAACUUGGAACUUUCUCGAGGAACGCGGUGUAACUAUGACAAAGGGGUUACUCCCCUGGCCAUCACGAUAAAAUAAGUAUAUUAGCCAGUAUCCUCCAUUUCUUAACCAUCUUAGUACAUCUGUUCCACCUGAACUACGUAUUGACCAUAGAAAACUUAUUGAAGGCAUAUUACUCUCACGUACACAUACACUUACCCAUAUAUUCUAAGACACACUCCAAUCCCACCAAAAAGAGUGCUACAGACAUGCCUAACUUCACUAUCACCGAGCCUCACCCAACAGUCCCGAAGAAUUCCUACACUCAUUCGGGACGAGGAGGUGCUGGCAACUACUUCCGCGCCCCAGCUACCACACCAUCUUCAGGCGUCGCAACAAAGCCGACAACGACAACAUCGUACAGCACCACAUCCCGCUUCCACUCAGGACGAGGUGGGGCAGGUAACGCCCAUGUAGCCGCCGAGAAGCCCGUUCUCUCGUUCGACGAGGAAUUCGCCCACCAGAGCCACAUCGAGCAGAAGCCAGUCGGUUAUGUCGGGCGUGGUGGUGCCGGCAACGUCUACGGCGCUGGUAGCAGCAGCUCGAACACAACUCGCAAGGCUAGUGAUGCUUCUAGCCAGCACAGCUCAAGCAGCUCAGGUAGCCUGUCCAACAUCUGGAGCCGUAUAAGUCAUCGGCACUAAGUUGACGACAGUACAUCAUUAAAACCCGUCGACAUCAACUAUCUCAACGAACGACU